CUCGAACACAACCAACCACACAUCGCAUGGCAUGAACGCUCUCCACGCAUCGCAGGCAUGCCCUGCCAUCCGAAGUCACCCAUAAUAGUUCCCGGUAGUUUUGUGAAUAGCGACAGCAGCAGCGAUUACGGUUCCGACUUCUCGCCCGAAGAAGAGGCGCUGUUGGACGAAUUGCUUGCCAGAGUCGCCACGAACCACGCGCCAGUCUUCGCGCCUUUGAUCGCAGCACCCGCGCCCUCAACGCAACCAUUGCCAGUGCCGAUCGAAGAUUCAGCGGCCGCUAGAGAUAUCGAAGAUCAAUAUGCAGCUCCUUUGUCUAGCCGAGUGCCUCGGGUGUUCGGGAGGGAGAAGCCUGCAUGGCAAAUUCGCAAGACUUGGCCGUACGGUACACGGCCAACGCCGAUUCCAGGUUACGGUGGUGCCACGUCUGCGUUUAGUUGAGCACCCGAACUCCCUCGAAGGCAGAGAGAAGGAACGCGAGCGCCAGGCUGCUCGCCAGCUCGAACAAGCCAACGAUGUAAAUACAGAGGAAGACAUGCGAUCCCCUGUGGAGCGAUUCCGACGACCCCCGAAUAAGGCCUUCUCCGUCUCGGACCUGAUCUCGCCCGCGUGGUGUGAGCUACAGUAUUGGUACACGCUCACGAAACAUGGCCGAAAACGGCGGACCGCAGCGAUGAAGCUGGGAAGCACGAUACACAAGACGCUAGAAGAUGAGAUCUACACCACGGUGCCGAUAGAGAUAACUACCAAGGAAGACGCGUUCGCCCUGCGCAUUUGGAAUAUCAUACAGGGUUUGCGGCUAUUGAGGGAGUAUGGCAUCACACGAGAGCUAGAGGUUUGGGGCUUGGUGGAUGGCGAGCUCGUCACUGGUAUCAUUGACCAGCUUUCUAUUGAAUGUCCCGACCCGGCCCUCGAGGCCACGGCCGCGUCUUAUUAUGCCAGCAUUGAGGCGUCGAGGGCUAUAAUGCCGGAGUAUCAGAUGUCGUUGACAGACUACCUGCUUGCUCCCUCACGAGGCGGGAAGAAGCUCUCUGAAGUGUACGAACAUGAGGCGGAUGAACCGGAAGCCAUCGUUGAAGCCACCAGUAGCCAGGAAUCCGAGCUGCCUAGCAUACCCCGGAUCUACCUGACUGACGUCAAGACGCGAGGCAGCGCUUCCGUGCCAACGGUCAAGAGUUCCUCGUUCCGUCCCACUCAUCUCCAGCUCCAAUUCUACUACCACAUGCUCAACCGUCUCAUCACCAGCGACGAUGUCAACAUUGACGUUCUCGCCGCGCGGUACAACCUUGAUGCGCAGCGCCCUUUCACCGACGCCUUCAUCAAUGAAGUAGGCGGCCUUAAUGACCAGUACUUCGAUGCGCUUUCAUAUCAGGAGUUUGACCCGGACUUCAUUCCCACACAAGAAGACGCCGACGCCGAGGACAGCUCUUCACCGAAAUCAGCCGCACCCUCCGCUAGCCAAGACUCCACCAGCAUUCUCUCCUCCCACAACAACCUCGCGUCUCUCUGGCUGCUCAUGAAAGAACACCUCCGUCUCACCUUCCUCCCUUCUCCUGACACGUCCAUCUCCGUUGCCCCCUCCAUUCCCUCAGAGUUCCAACCUAGCACACUCGAAUCCUACCCCACCGUCCUCUCCCCGCUGCUCACCGCCAAAUACAUCUCCUCCAAGCCGACGACGGACACGGAGAAACGCGUGCUGGGCAGCCGAUCCUUCCUCUUCGACCCGACCUCCAUGACGUCCUACGUGACGGAUCAGAUGGAGUGGUGGCGUGGCUAUCGUCACCCCCGGGGCGUGGAGGUCAUGGAUGCGUGGAAAUGCCGCAUCUGUGAGUUCCGGGACGAGUGUUCGUGGCGGCAGGAGCGAGAGUGGGAUUACUCGCGUCGGAGGCAGCAGAAGAUGGAUAUCGAGAUGAAUGCCACCUGAAGUUUUAGCCUGGGUUAUACUACAUGUAAGAAUAGGGACUUGGUAUGUUUUUCAUUGUUAUUGGAUGAAUGUCUGGUGCCCAUGGGGCGGAUAGAAGGGUUUCCAAGUCAGGAUUUUGGGAUUUACUUGCAUACUCUUUAAGAGUAAGACGGCAGAAUUGUCAUGUAUACAAGCAGGGAGGAUUUAAAUCCAUCAUGUAUGAUAAUAUUUUCGAAUCGAAACA